AGUUCAUAGUGCACUCGAAUAUUUACCUUCCUGUUAGUGAACAACAUUGUGAUUGCUGUGCUCGGGGUUUCAGCUGGACUUUUUCUCCAGAAGAUCUUUACACUUUCAGAGAGUUUUCAUCAACGUGCUUAUUUAAAAGCGGGGUAAAGAAAUCGGAGGAUGAAUACUAUUGCUAAGGUGUGUCUGACAGAUUUUGAGGAGUAUGCCAGACAGCAUCUCUCCAAACCUACCUGGGAUUAUUAUGCAGCUGGAGCAGAUGAGUGCUGUACCAGAGAUGACAACCUACAGGCCUACAAAAGGAUUCGUUUAAGGCCACGGAUCUUGCGGGACGUGUCAGUGAUUGACACACGAACUACCAUUUUGGGCUCUGAGAUCAGCUUUCCUGUAGGCAUUGCACCCACUGCUUUCCACUGUCUGGCCUGGCAUGAGGGAGAGCUAGCCACUGCUAGGGCCACAGAAUCUGUGAACACCUGUUACAUUACCAGCACUUACUCCACAUGCUCAGUGGAGGAGAUAUGUGCAGCAGCUCCAAAUGGCUACCGCUGGUUCCAGCUCUAUGUGUAUCGUGACCGCAAACUUUCGGAGCAGCUUGUGCACAGAGUGGAAGCGCUUGGCUACAAGGCCUUGGUGCUCACUGUCGAUGUGCCAUACACUGGUAAACGGCGUGAUGACAUCCGCAACCAGUUUAAACUCCCCCCUCAUCUGAAAGUGAAGAACUUUGAAGGCAUGUUUCAGGAAACUGCAGAAACUGAAGAGUAUGGUGUUCCAUCCAACACACUUGACCCAUCCAUAAACUGGAAAGACAUACACUGGCUACAGUCUCUCACUCGCCUGCCCAUUAUUAUUAAAGGUAUCCUCACUAAAGAGGAUGCAGAGCUGGCUGUGGAACAUGGUGUUCAAGGGAUAAUUGUAUCCAACCAUGGAGGUCGACAGCUAGACGGGGGACCAGCCACAAUUGACUGUUUGUCUGAGAUAGUGGAUACAGUGCAAGGCCGGAUUGAGGUGUACAUGGAUGGAGGGAUUCGCACAGGCAGUGACGUGCUGAAGGCCUUGGCUUUGGGAGCCAAAUGUGUGUUUAUUGGAAGACCUGCAAUCUGGGGCCUUGCUUACAAGGGUGAAGAGGGUGUGAAAGAAGUUCUGCAAAUUCUGAAUGAGGAGUUCCGUCUAUCCAUGGGCUUAUCUGGUUGCAGAAACAUGGCUGAAAUCAACAGGAACCUCAUUCAUAUUUCUAAACUCUGAACAAAUGAAAGAAAAUAAGGGACAAGAUCAAGAUUAGCCUCAAUAAAGAAUGUUCUCCUUCAGGCAUAAUUAAUAACUCUAAAGGGCUGAUGAGCGCAGUUGUUGAAAACCGGUUCUUAUUACAUUAUCUAUAACACUAUAAUAAUCCUUAAUUAUAUUAAAGAUCCUUAACACUAAGAAUAAUUUAAUAUGAUUGAAGAGGUAUUUCAUGUGUUUGUAAAUGAAUGCAGGUUUGUUAUCUUACUUACACACAGUUCUUUUUCAAUGACAGUGAAAGUCAAGGAGAAAAUGAUCAAACUUUAAUAUCUAAGGGUCGGGUUAGCUGGUUUGUUAAGUUUGACCACGUGAUGGUGAGCUUUAUGGAUUGUUUAUAGUACAGACUGAAACACUGGAUUUAGCAGUGUAUUACAAGUGGAUGGAAGGGUCUGGUGACAAAAAGGGUUUGGAAAGUCAUUGCAAAGAAGGAUAAAAUACUGUCUUGUAAAACAGGAUUAUACAGUUUCUGGCAUUUAUUGCUAAAUUGAAAAAAGAAAACACAAUAAUACUGAAUAAUAAACUUUACUGCAUGAGCCGGC